GAGAACCCAGGCACAUGGAAAUGGACCGAAAGCACUUUGGCGCUUGCUUGCUCAGGACAUUUCACAAUAGAGGGGUGCACAUUGUAUUGUUCUGGUUAGAUAUAAAUUCAGGGGUUAAAUGUGGCACAGUGUCAGUUCACCAACUGGAAACUGCUCCAUCUACUAAAUCCACCGCUGUGACUAAGAACCUCACCAUGGCCAGAAUUAUCUUCUACGAGGACAGGAACUUCACGGGCCGUUCCUAUGAGUGCAGCAGCGACUGUUCGGACAUGUCCUCCUACCUGAGCCGCUGCCACUCGUGCAGGGUGGAGAGCGGCUGCUGGAUGGUGUACGAUCGCCCCGACUUCAUGGGAAACCAGUAUUUCCUCAGGAGGGGCGAGUAUGCCGACUACAUGAGCAUGUGGGGCUGGGGCAACAACUGGAUCAGGUCCUGCCGCAUGAUCCCUAUGUACAGGGGCUCAUACAGAAUGAGGAUGUACGAGAGGGAGAACUUCAUGGGGCAGAUGAUGGACGUGACCGAUGACUGCGACUCCAUUACGGAUCGCUACCACUGGUCUAGCGGAUGCCACUCGUGCCACGUCACGGAGGGCCACUGGCUUAUGUACGAGCAUCCUCACUACCGAGGCAGGAUGUGGUACUUCAGGCCCGGAGAGUACCGCAGCUUCAGGGAGAUGAUGGGAAUGACUGGCAUGAGGUUCAUGAGCAUGAGGCGCAUCGUGGAUUCUUGGUAUUAAGCCAAUGGAAUUGUGCAAAUACUGAAUAAAUCGUCUCAAAAAGAACUUACUUGUCUGUUUUCUGGUAGUGUCUAUACUGUAUACGGUCCCUGUUCCAAACUUUUAGGAAGAGUAUGUUCACUGCUCCUUUAUAUGGAGGAGUACCAUUGUAGGUUUUUGGUGGUCAUCUAAAUUAUUGGUUCCAGUGAUGGACCAGAGGCAAACUUUCACUGACGAAUUGAGAACACAUUCCUUUCCUUUUACCCUUAUCUUCACCUGAGCAAGC